AUGACCAGUUUCCUAAAAGAUUCGUCCGCGUUUCGUUCGCGUUUGGCUGCGUUCAAGCUUGAACAGAACAACAGAGUUCAGCCCGACCUCUCAGAUACCACGCUUUGCAACGAUUCCAGUAUGAUUGAAGAGGGAGACAAGGAUAAUGUUUUCGUUGCAAGGGCCACUAAGGGGGACGAUAUCUUGCCUGACACUCCAGCAAAGCCUCAACGGAAACGGAGACGCGUUGAAACACAAACGUCGGUGGAACACUUGCUCAGCACGAUCUCGCAUCUCAACACCACCGUUGAGAGACAGGACGCAGAAUUGCAAAAGUCGGAGGCCAAGCUCGCAGAAGCCAACGGGAAGCUGGCAGUUUACAAGAAACUAACCAACUCUUUCAAAGACAGGCUUAAGUCGCUGGAAUCAGAACUGGUAAUUGCAGGAAAAGAAGUUGUCCAGGGCAAGAAGAAAUGCAGCGAUCUGAGUAGAACAACGUUUGAGGUGUUGAAGGAAACCAGAGAACUACAAAUGAAAACGCAAGAAACGGCUCGCCAGUUGCAGUGCCAAACAAAACGGUUCGAAUGGCUCAAGUCCAGACACCAGGAGUCUAGUCUGACUAUCAGCAGACAGGAAAUAGAGAUGACGUCGUUAAGAUUGAGGUUAGAAGACUCUAUUUCGAGGCUGGUGGACGAAAAGCAGAAAAACACAGAACUGACGAAUUUGCUCGCAUCCAAGGCACACCCCGGCUCUACAGAGAACAUCGAGCAGGAAGUGCGCCAGAUAUAUACAAUCGGAUCCAAGAUGGAACAGGGAAUGCUGACUGUGGCUCGAAAAAUGUCCGACCAGCUGCGGUCGAUAAUAAAUGCUUCAACUUCUGUUCCCCGGCAGCUAGAGGAAAUCGAGAAAACUUUGGCCGACGUGGCCGAGGGCCAAAAACAGUCGGGGGACCAAGCGCUGCUCAACUUCAAGCAGACAAAACGGGAGAUCGAGUACCAAUCUUUGCUGGACGAGUACAAUAAGCUAAGCGGCGAGCACAGCGAGUGCGAAAAGAAACAUAUCCAAGAUCAGCAGGAAAUCGAAGCUUUAAAACAAAUGGUGAAUUCGGCACCCAAACCUAGUGCAACAGAAACCGGUACAUCUGAACAACCACAGGAGCCCGUCAAGCGCAAACGAGGAAGAAAGAAGAACCCGCUAAAGGUCCUCGGUUAG